AUGCAAGCAUUUAAAAAGAACGAAGGUGACACCGAAAACAACAUGGAGUUGUUUGCACCGCACAUACCGCCGGAGGUGCUGCAAAUGGUGUUUCAUGAGCUGGAUUUCUUCGAUCUCCUACAUUGUCAGCAAGUCUGCAAGACCUGGUGUGCGUGCCUUCCAGGCAACGACCCGAAGCUUCGUGACAAGCUGUUCGUGAACCGUACCAUGACACAGAAUUCCCAAGAUGAUGGCGAAGACAAGGAGAAAAAUGGACACCGUGAAGUCUCCCAUACUUUGCUUCUGGGUUUCGAUUUAAAGGCCAGAGAGUGUGGAGUAGGAUCGAGAAGUUACUUGAUCACAUCCCCAACCGUCAUCUUUCCGGGGUAUGCCUCCCUUGGGUCCCGUAUCAACAACGCUUCAGAAGCUAUUACAGUCCAUCCUGUGGUCAAGAAACUGCACGAAUACCUUCACAUCAUCUUCGGCUCCUUGUUUGAAGAUGAUGAUGAUAAGCAGCAGUGGCAUCAAAAAUACUACACACGCAACGACCUGAUGGAUGCGAUUGAAGCGGCCGAGCAGACAGCCAAAGAGAAAAAUGAGUCAUGGAAGGACAUGCUAGUAUGUGUUCCGCCUCUUUCGGGGAUCAGAUUUGGAAUCAGAAUUGAAGUACACCUCAGACGAAGUGGAGGCUCUUUCGUCAAGGCCACUGAACGCUAUGUGCGCCACGGUGAGAUCUAUACCGAGAACAAAAGUGGCAUAACCCUAGGUCAGGUCAUUGAUGUCAUUCACGAACACCUAGAAAUUUGGGCAACAACAUGA